CCUCCUCCGCCACUGAAGACCAAUGAUUGGCUAGCAGAGUCCAAACAGGGCCUUGUUUUUAAAGAGCCAUGUCUCUUUUGCUACAAUAAAUCUCCGCGGUAGUUUUUCUAUUGUCCUCCCUUUUAAUGAGAGGGAAAUAUAGUGCACUUUCUUGGGAGAACUACAGUCUACCAACAUUCGUCAGUUAUGCUAACAGUUGUUUGCCUCCAGCCUUUGUCUUUAAUUAAUUAAAAGACCAAUCCACAUGGUCUAGGUCUCCGUAUACAUUUGCAUCGCUGCUGCCAACCUUACCGGAUGACGACAGGGCGGAAAGGCUUGUCCAUGUCAGUGGAUUUUCAGCGACAAAGAUGAUGUUUCUGAGGUUCAUUCGUUGGUCCAAGUACCUGUGCUGAGAAGACACCGAUGUCUGAUAUGUCAACCGUUCCCUCAGACGCAGGCUGUUCUUGGAUCCAGUAGAAGCCCCAGUCAUGUACUCAGAGUGGAGGUCUCUGCACCUGGUGGUCCAGAAUGACCAGGGCAACGUGAGCGUCCUGCACUCCUACCCGGCAACGGUGGGACGAGAUGUGGCCAAUGCCGUGGUCCGGCCCCUGGGAGCCAGCCUGGGGGGGCCCACAUCAGAGAGCUUUCUGAAGACUGAUAAAGAGGUGAAAUGGACUAUGGAGGUGCUAUGCUACGGCCUCACCCUGCCUCUGGACGGAGACACGGUCAAGCUGUGCGUGGACGUCUACACAGACUGGAUCAUGGCCCUGGUGUCCCCGCGAGACUCCAUACCUCAACCCAUCAUCAAAGAGCCCAACCUCUACGUCCAGACCAUUCUCAAACACCUUCACAACCUCUUCUUGCCAAGGCCGGAGCACUGCAACCCAAUGCACUUCAGGUUGUGUCAGCAGGUGCUGUGUGCGGUGCAGAAGCUGGCGCGGGACUCCUCCUCCAUGGUGCGCGAGACCUGGGAGGUGCUGCUGCUCUUCCUGCUGCGCAUCAACGACACCUUGCUUGCACCGCCCACAGUAGGAGGUGGCAUUGCUGAGAAGCUGGCGGAGAAGCUGAUCAGCGUGCUGUUUGAGGUGUGGUUCCUGGCCUGCACGCGCUGCUUCCCCACGCCGCCCUACUGGAAGACGGCCAGGGAAAUGCUGGCCAACUGGAGGCACCACCCCCCUGUGGUGGAGCAGUGGAGCAAGGUCAUCGCCGCCCUGACCUCCAGAUUGUUACGAUUUACAUACGGUCCCUCGUUCCCACCAUUCAAGGUCCCAGAGGAGGAUGCCAACCUCAUCCCCUCUGAGAUGGACAAUGACUGUGUGGCUCAGACAUGGUUUCGUUUCCUGCACAUGCUCAGCAAUCCGGUGGACCUAAGUAACCCAGUGAUCGUGAGCUCCACGCCAAAGUUCCAGGAGCAGCUCCUCGGGGUGAGUGGCGUGCCCCAGGAGAUGGUGCAGCACCCCUGCCUCAAGCAGCUGCCACAGAUCUUCUUCCGGGCCAUGAGGGGCAUAAGCUGCUUAGUGGAUGCCUUCCUAGGUGUUGCGGUCUUUAAACGACUCGAGCUCCGUGAAAAGCUGCCCUCUUAUGGCUUACAUGAGCUUUCCCCCAUAGGAGACCCCCCGCCUCGGGGCUAUAAACGUGACCGGCUCCCUUCUUUAGGUGUUUUUCCAGGUGUUGCUGUGUCUAGGAACAAUUUUCGAGACAGGCUUCCAUCUUAUGGUAUAUCCCGCCCGCGUUCAGACAGUGCCCCUCCCACUCCAGUGAACAGGCUAAGCAUGCCUCUGCCCCCGACCACCACGAACACCACACCUCCUCACAGCCGCCGGCACCGUCCUACAGCUGUAACCAAGACGACCAGCAAGGCAUCGACGACGGGACAGUCCAAAGUUUCACACCAGACCUCCUCCUCGUCCUCUCCUCUGUCCAGCCCCAACCAAACGAGCUCCGAGCCGCGGCCCCUGCCCGCCCCCACGCGGCCCAAGGUCAACAGCGUCCUCAACCUGUUUGGCCAGUGGCUGUUCGACGCGGCGCUGGUCCACUGCAAACUCCACUCGAGCCUUAGCAGAGACAGCAGCAUGACGGCCUUAGCAACCCAGGCAGGGGUUGAGCUGAGAAGAAAGGGCUCUCAGAUGUCCACAGACACCAUGGUCUCCAACCCCAUGUUCGAUGCCAACGAGUUCCCCGACAACUACGAGUCGGGCAGGGCAGAGGCGUGCGGCACCCUCUGCCGCAUCUUCUGCAGCAAGAAAACCGGCGAGGAGAUUCUACCCGUCUAUCUGUCCAGGUUCUACAUGAUUCUGAUUCAGGGCCUCCAGAUAUCUGACUACAUCUGCCGACCGGUUCUGGCCAGCAUCAUCCUCAACUCUUCUGCUCUGUUCUGCUCGGACCUGAAAGGCGUCAAUGUGGUGGUGCCGUACUUCAUAUCCGCUCUGGAGAACAUCCUGCCUGACCGGGAGUUGUCGAAGUUUAAGUCCUAUGUGAACCCCACGGAGCUGCGGCGAGCCUCCAUACACAUCCUGCUCUCCAUGCUGCCGCUGCCUCACCAUUUUGGCCACGUCAAAUCAGAGGUGCUGUUGGAAGGGAAAUUCAACAAUGAUGACGCACUCCAUGACAAGGCCGUCUCCUUCCUGUCCCUCAAGCUGCGACUGGUCAAUAUUUUGAUUGGCGCGCUACAGACGGAGACAGACCCAACCAACACACAAAUGAUUCUAGGGGCCAUGCUGAAUAUUGUGCAAGAUUCAGCUCUGCUAGAGUCAAUUGGUGCUCAGGCUGAAGUGGGCAGUUUGGAUGGCAGUCACUCCCUGGCUAAGAGCCACAGCAGAAACAACAGUGGCAUCAGCACGGCCAGUGUGGGCAGCUCGGAAGCCACCACACCCGACAGCGAAAGACCCGCUCAGGCUCUGCUCCGAGACUACGCUCUUCACACAGAUACGGCCAGCGGCCUGCUCAUCCGCAGUAUCCACCUGGUCACCCAGCGGCUCAACUCCCAGUGGCGGCCCGACAUGAGCAUAUCACUGGCGGCUCUGGAGCUCCUCGCUGGCCUGGCCAAGGUGAAGGCGACCGUGGAGUCGUCGGACCGGAAGCGCGCGGUGAGCUCCGUCUGCAGCUACAUCGUGUACCAGUGCAGCCGCCCGGCCCCGCUGCACUCCAGAGACCUGCACUCCAUGAUCGUGGCCGCCUUCCAGUGCCUGUGCGUCUGGCUCACCGAGCACCCGGACAUGCUCAACGAGAAGGACUGCCUGAUUGAGGUGCUGGAGAUCGUAGAACUGGGCAUUUCAGGGAGCAAGUCCAAGACGGGCGAACAGGAAGUGAGGUACAAGGCCGACAAGGAGCACAACCCCGCCUCCAUGAGGGUGAAGGACGCCGCCGAGGCUACCCUGUCGUGCAUUAUGCAGGUGCUGGGUGCCUUCCCUUCCCCGAGCGGGCCGGCGUCGCCCUGCAGCCUGCUGAAUGAGGAGACUCUGAUCAAGUACUCACGCCUCACCUCCACCAGCCACGCAAACUUCCGCUACUUCGUUCUGGACAACUCGGUCAUCCUGGCCAUGCUGGAGCAGCCGCUGGGCAACGAGCAGACAGACCCGUGUCCCUCUGUCACCAUGCUCAUCCGAGGCAUGUCCGGUCGCCACGCCUGGACCAUGCAGCUCUUUCACCAGCCGCGAGGAGCCAGAGCCAAUCAGAAGCAGGUGUUUGUCCCAGAGGCUCGGCCGACGCCAAAGAACGACGUGGGCACCCGCUUCAACGUCAAGCACAGGCCCUUCCCCGAGGAGGUAGACAAGAUCCCCUUCGUCAAGGCUGACCUCAGUAUCCCCGACCUACACGAUAUAGUGGACAAGGAGCUGGAGCUACAGCAUGACAAGCUACGCGGGGUGAUGGGGAAGCAGAUCGAGUACGAGGCGACGCUGGAGAACUACAGCGAGCAACUCUGGAGGAACCGCAGCUACCCCGACCCCGACUGCAAGCCACCGCCCCCCUCCCAGGAGUUCCAGACGGCCCGCCUCUUCCUCUCCCACUUCGGCUUCCUGUCCCUGGAGGCGCUCAAGGAGCCUGGAAACAGCCGGCUGCCGCCGCAUCUUAUCGCCCUCGACUCCUCGCUGCCCGGCUUCUUUGACGACAUCGGCUACCUGGACCUGUUGCCAGGCCGACCGUGCGACACGGUGUUCAUCUUCUACAUGAAAGCGGGCCAGAAGAGCAGUCAAGAGAUCCUGAGGAACGUGGAGUCGUCGGCUAACGUCCAAAGGCACUUCCUGGAGCUGCUGAUGUCUCUGGGCUGGCCGGUGGAGGUGGGUCAGCACCCCGGCUGGACGGGCAGCAUCUACACCAGCUGGACCAUCAACACCACCUCUAACGGCAGCGACCACAGCUUCACGGAUGAGUCAGACUCGCUCGGAGACACGGGCGGGGGCGCCUUCAGCGGCGAGAGACAGGUGCUCUACUACGCCGACGCUCUGACCGAGAUCGCCUUUGUGGUGCCGUGCCUGAGCGACUCGUCCGCCGAGUCGUCGGAGAGCAGCUUCCCCACGGUCGACUCGGACUCCCAGCUGGAGCUCUUGCCCACCAUGCUGAAACAGGCCAACCUCACGCUGGAGCUCUUUCCCAACCACUCCGACAACAUGGGACCCACACAACGGAGUCCUACGGUGAAGAGUAAAAAGAUGCCCUCAGGCAGAUCCAUUCCUACUCUGGGGCCGGAAACCAAAGUGCUGGUUGUGUGGGUGGAACGCUUUGACGACAUAGAGAACUUCCCUCUGGCUGAGCUACUGGCAGAGACGAGCACUGGGGUGGAGACCACCGUCAACAGCAGCACCUCCUGCAGGUCCACAUUCUCAGAGAAAGAUGUGCCUGUGAUCUUCAUCCACCCACUGAAGACAGGGCUGUUCCGCAUCAAGCUGCACGGGGCCAUGGGCAAGUUCAGCAUGGUCAUCCCCCUGGUGGACGGCAUGGUGGUGAGCCGGCGCUCAUUAGGGUUCCUGGUGCGUCAGACAGUGAUAAACGCCUGCAGGCGGAAGCGUCUGGAGAGCGACUCGUACAGUCCGCCCCACGUGCGCCGGAAGCAGAAGAUGGCCGACAUCGUCAACCGCUACCGCAACAAGCAGCUGGAGCCCGAGUUCUACACCUCGCUCUUCCAGGAGGUCGGAGAGGGCAGCCUCAAUCCUUAAUACACACACGGACAGACACACACACACACGCCGAUACUGUAAACAAUUCCCUUAUGCAGAGAGAGACAGAGGGGCUACAAUCACAGACAGAGGACACACACAUACACACACACACACACACACACACACAAGCUCAAUUUCUGGAACACAGGCAGAGUUUUCUAAUUUCUCAUUUACGAACAGUACAGUUCCUGUGUACUCCGUUUGUGUGUGUUCAUGUGACACACACACACACACACACACUCACACACACACACAGUCAGUUCUCCAAGCUGUUCUCCAAGUUUCUUUUUUCUUUCCUCCUACGAUGUCGUGUUUCAGACAUGAUCCAAACUACUGUAUUUGAGUUCGUUUUUUCUUUGUUGUUGAUUUCUUUUUUUUGGCCGUGUUUGUGUGUGUGAAUGAUUAAUAGUGAGAGAGAAGAGUCAUGGAGAAUAGCUGUUAACACUACAGUCCAUCUAUAUGAGGAGCCGUUGACUACCAUAAGGUAUGACUAAUCUGAAAGUGUGACUGCUACCGGUGUGACGACUGUGUGGUCCUUCCAUUUCCUAACAAAGAGUGAGACUUUCUUUGUUGGUUUUGUUAGGUUUCUUUUUCUUUUUUCAAAAACCCAUGUGCCAGUUAGCAAUUGAACUCUUAGUACUCUGGUGUUGUUUAUUUGGAUCUCAGGUAGUUUGUUUUCCGUGUUUUCAUGUGUGCGUUGUUGGGGUGGCUUCAGUAACACGGUGCGCUUCACCAGCCUGGCCUUGGCUCUGAGGGCAUCCUUCACCCUGUGGGCUCCAGGCUCCAGGCUCCUCUUGCACUUACAAAUAUGACACUCUCGCUUUUUUUUUAUAUAUUUUCUUUUGCUUUGAAGAGACGGACUGAUACCAGUUCUGCCAUUGUGAGUUUCUGUGUGGGGGUUUUUUUUUGUGCCAAGACUGAAACCUCAAGUAGUUCUUCCAGUUCACUAGAAUGAGUGGCAUAGUUUGUGGAGAAAAUGGCCAUAUUUGUCAGCCUUUUUUUCCUAAUUUUUUUUUUUUGGUAAACCUGUAAGCCAUUGUUGGAUUCAUGGUUGCUUAGUCAAGCAGUGUCUUUUUAAUUAUUAUUCCAUUUGACUUAUGAAGCAAUUAGAAUCAAAUAUAAAGGGCUUUAUUUCACCCAGUUCUUUCCUCUUUGUUCUGUAGCUGGACCUCUGGUUUAGCAGAACUACUAGCCAUUGGUCCAAUCUUUUUUUUUUUUUCUUCAUUGUUUUCAUACUCGCCUCUUUUGUUUAUUUAUUGUUAUGGCCAUUUCAAAUGGAGAGUUGCACCCAACCGUUGUCAAAACUGAUGUCCAGUAUCCAUUUCCGCUGAUAGCACAUCACAUUGUCAACAUUUCUGCACUAGUGACUGAAAGAGGAGACUCAACCAUUACUGUACUCAGUCCUGAAUGCUCAUACAUUUUCUACACUAUACACUUUGUUUUCAGAGUUGUGUACUUUUUUUAACACAAACAGUCUUUACAGUGGAUAAGGACUAGUUGGAGAGCUACAACUGAAUUGUUUGAUGUCUAAAAGGAAAAGGGUUCCAAUGUUGGCAUGCCAAGAAGGACCCUUAUGAGUUGGUCAUUAGCCUUCUGACAGAAAGAGGAAUUAUGUUUUGAGAAAGUAAAAACAUCAACAUAUCUGUUUUGGGGAUGUGUAUAGCUGUUUUAAAUACAAUUUAUUGUUAUUAAGCCACCUGCUUUAAUAUAAAUAAUGUUACACACACAUUCUUUUGACAUUUGUUCGAAAUUAUUUUUUUUUCCUGCUGUUUUCUGUAAAUAUUGAAAGCAUCAGCUUGUAUAAAGUUAGAUGAUAUGUACAUAUGAAAGUGUGAAAGUUGAUUUCACUCAUUUGAUCUCUAUUCCUUAGGAAAGGCACAAAAAAAAAAAACACGCUUGUUUGUAUUUAUGCCUAUUAUAUGUGUCCAAAAGAAACACAUUGAAUAUUGAAUGUAACACAUGUAAUGAAUAAAGAUUUUAAUUAACUUCUUAAA